CGCACAUCUUCUCAAACUUCAUCUGCACUAAUGUAAAGUGUAUCUUGUAGCGCCAAGUCAAGACUUCCACAACACACGGGAACAGACACCGCUGUGUGAGAUGUCGGGGUGACAUGUGUGCCGCUUCAUGAGUUACGCGCCCCGAACAUGGAUUAUGAAUAAAGAUUCGCUGUCAGAUCGCAACCACUCUUCUUUGAGGAACACGUCGGUUUAACUCCAUGGCUGAAUAGCUAGAAACAUGUGCACGUUCAUAUACGGAGGACUUUUUCUUUUGGGGAUAUCCCUCCUGUGUUAUGUCUAUCUGUCCCGCCAGCCCGGGGGCAAGGGUAAACAGCCCCCGGGGCCAUUCCGUUGGCCCCUGCUCGGGUCCUACCCCCAGAUGGCGAUGUUUGGGGCAACCAAAGUGCAUGAGUAUUUUCAAAUGAUACAGCGCAAAUAUGGCUCCGUGGCAAGGCUAUAUUUUGGACGCUAUCCUAUGAUUCUGUUGUCAGGGUAUGACGCCAUCCACGAGGCGUUCGUCACACAGCAGGACAGCACCACAGCCAGACCCGACUUUCUCCCUGGGGUAAAUGUCGUCAAACAACACGGAAAAGGACUGUUCUUUGGAAACGGGGAAACUUGGAAUAAGGUUCGAACAACACUGAAGAAAGGGGUCGCUGCGGUAUUGAAAACCUCGGCAUACGAAGAGACUGUGCUGGACGAGACCAAACUCCUUAUUGACGAGUUUGUGAAGAAGGGAGCAGAGCCUUUCCAACCCCGACAGAGUCUGUACACAACAGCUACGACAUGCAGAUAUACUGCUUUGACGGGACAAAGGUGCACCCAUGACAGCGGUGUCCUUCGGGAAAUGCUCCAGUGUAUGGCUGAUUUCGAAGAGAAGGGAGGCAUCCUCUCCCCCCUGGGUACCGUGCCGCUGUUGAAGUACCUGCUGAGAACUAGACGGUCUUACAAAAUAUUAACUGGAGUUUACACUGGACUCCAGACACUGAUGAUGUCUGAGCUCAACGCCAGGAAACCAAACUACAACGAGAAGCACAUAGGGUCGGUCAUCGACGCCUUCAUCAAGGAUCAAAGAGAAAACCCAGAUGAACCUUCAUAUUCAGAUGAUGAAGUUGCUGUGUGUCUGGAGGAGUGUAUCACUGGGGGAAUUGCUUCUGUUGCACUGACAGUCGACUGGGCCCUGCUCUUCAUGCUGGAGCACCAGGAUGUACAGACAGCGUGUCAACAGGAGAUAGACAAGGUCUGCGGCAAGUCACGACAAGUCAAGUUUUCUGACGUAGACAAAUUACCCUAUGUGUGUGCUACUGUGUUUGAGGUUCAGCGACUCGCCAGUGUUGUUCCCGUCUCCCUGCCCCACUGUACUGUGAACGACAUGGACAUCCGAGGAUUCCAUAUUCCAAAAGGAACCAUCGUAUUUUCCAAUAUUACUUCCUCUAACAUGGACGAUGCUUACUGGGAGAAUGCCCAGCUGUUCGACCCGACACGUUUCCUUGAUGAUCAGCAUGCUACAAUCAAGAUACCCCCAGCGUUCAUGCCGUUUAGCAUAGGAACACGAAAAUGCCCCGGUUACACGAUUGCUGAAAAGGAAGUAAUUGUCAUCUUCUCAAACCUGGUCCACACCUUGACCUUCUCCAGCAUUGGCAAGGUCAACUACGGCGGAACAAGCAUUGUCAACAUACGCCCGACAGAGAAUUUCAUGGUUGCAUCUCGGAGGCAAAAUACAUGAGGACAGUUACCCCAACGACUGGAACCAGACCAAGCGACGGUAGUACGAGCGUAUUAAUACAUAUUGGAUGUGUAAUAUAGUUCAUGAAUGUGUUUGACAAGUUCAAACACUGUAACACUCUAUUUUAAUAAACGCCCAACUAAUAACCCCACCGAGGUAAAAACUACGGAUAUAUAUAUUUAACAGAGGUUAAAUUGUUUUGUACUUUUGACACAUGUUAACGUGUUUUUUUCAGAUGACCAAUUUACCUUCUUUGUCUGUUUAUUGCGGGUGCCACCAUUGGCAGGAUACGCUCACCUUUUCGCGAACACCUGGUAUCAUCACUACUAGAGAGGGAUUCAUAAACACAUGCUCAUGACAGUCGGAAUCGUACAAUACUAGUUCAGACGUCUUCAAAAAUAUGAGGGUACCUACCCCCUACCCCCCCCCCCCCCCCCCCAACACAC